UGCUGCUGCUGUGAGCUGUGACUACGUGGUCAAAAAAGUCCACCUACGCAAUCUACUAAACUGCUGAGUUUUCAGAUUCAGAACUUUGGAAUGUAAUAUCGAAAAUUAUAUUGAAUAAGUUGUUUCAUAUUAAAUUUAAUAAUGGAACAAGAAGGUGUAUCGUACAAUCCUUUCUCGUACUUGGGAAUAAUUUGGGCUGGAAUCGCGUCAGUAGGAUGGUAUUUAGUGGCUGUCGGCGUAGGGUUAUUCUUUGCAGCACCUUAUCUCGAAGAAAAAUAUACAUCAUGGAAACAGAAGAAAGAUGAAGCUGAUUACGCAGCAAAAUAUCACAAGAAUCCUGAUCUUUUACAUGAAAGACUGAGAGGCCAGGAAGAAGCAAGGCAGAGGAUGCAAGAAAAAUAUGAUGCUGCUGCAAAGAUUUCUAGGGAAUUGGAAGAAAAGCGUAAGGAAGAAAAGAAACAGGAAAUAGCUAAGCUGAUGGCAAAUCAGGAUGGUGGCCGAAGGCUUGGAACAAGGGAUGGAGAUGCAUCUACGUCAAAUAAUUCUACUUCAUCAUCAUUCCGAAAUGAAUACAAUCCAUUGAUGGGAGAUUCCAGUCGAGGGUAUCGUCCCCCGAAGCGGAGCUGCUGUGGCAAAGGUGGCUGUGGUUAAUAUUUGUUAAGUUCGACAAUCAGCAUAAAUGAAAAUGAUGCAUUAUACACGCAUAAUUAAAUUUUUCAUCAAGCAUUGCUAUCAAACAAGCAGCAAAUAGGGUACUAAUCAUGGAAGAAAAAUUAAUUGAAAAUUUAUAACAACUAUGCAAUAGUUGUCGAAUCAUGAAUCUCUAACGAAUGAAAAGUAAUACAACGGGAAAAAAAACAAGGAUCAUUGUACAGCAAACUGUAACGUUUUCAGAUGAGCAAUUUUUCAUUCAAUAGAUCAUGUUGUUUUAAGACUUUUGGAAGAUGGAGGUAUUAACUAAAUCAUGAGGGAUAUCAAUCGAAAAUUUAACCACAUAAGUAGCAAAUAAAUCGAGAAUAAAUGGAUGAGUUCAUAGAAUUUAAUAAAAAAAAUGAAUAAUGAAACAAAAAUAA